UUGGCUGAGAUUGUAUUUUAGGUAAUAAUAUAAUGAAUGUAUUAACUAUGAAAUCUGAAAAAGUAAAUUGAAGUUUGUUGACACUAAAGACAAUGGGUCCAGCUGUAAUCUUCAGUUUAGCCUUUUUUUAAGUCUACUCAGUCAGAGAAACAAAAGAGUGUUUUUAUGUAUGUAUAUGUCAGUUUAGUGUGUGUGUGUAUUUGUGGUGUGUAGAGAGAGGAGCUAAGGAGGAGGAAAUAGAUAUCCUUCACGUUUUCAAGUAGCUGUAGAGUCCUAACUCCCAAGCCAAUUUUUGCUGUUUGUAUUUGCAGAGCUGAAAGAAAUAGGGACCUCAAAAAAGGGUCUUUCUUGGGGCUUGGGGUUUUUCUUUUUCUGUUAUGUUUGGUUGGUGUGUAAAGAUUUCGGCUUUCUUCUCAACUGGUGAGUUAUUCAGAAAUUUUUGUUGAGAUCUUGAUCUGAGUUUGUGAAGAAAAAGGUGCCCAUUUUAUGUAUGUGAGACUCCAGUUUUGAUAUCUAUGGAGCAAACAAUUGAGAGGUCUCCUAAUGGACAGAGGGGUUUCAGGGUUCAAGCUCCACUGGUUGAUUCUGUAUCGUGUUAUUGCAAGGUUGAUUCAGGGUUGAAAACAGUUGUUGGGGCAAGUAAAUUUGUCCCGGGAUCUAAACUUUGUAUCCAACCCAAUAUUAAUCCUCGGGCACACAAGGCAAAGAACUCCCGCCGGGAAAGGACAAGGGUGCAGCCACCACUUCUUCCAGGACUCCCUGAUGAUCUUGCAAUUGCUUGUCUGAUCCGAGUCCCUCGAAUAGAACACAAUAAACUUCGUCUAGUUUGCAAGAGGUGGUUCAAGCUCCUGGCUGGAAACUUUUUCUAUUCUCUCAGGAAGAGUCUUGGUAUGGCAGAAGAAUGGGUAUAUGUCAUCAAGAGAGACCGUGACGGCCGAAUUUCAUGGCAUGCUUUUGAUCCGACCUACCAACUGUGGCAGCCGCUUCCACCUGUUCCAGUAGAGUACAGCGCAGCCCUUGGGUUUGGCUGUGCUGUCCUUAGUGGUUGUCACCUAUACUUAUUUGGCGGCAAAGAUCCACUAAAGGGAUCUAUGAGACGGGUGAUUUUUUACAGUGCUCGGACAAAUAAAUGGCACAGGGCACCGGACAUGCUUCGCAGAAGGCACUUCUUUGGUUCGUGUGUCAUUAACAACUGUCUUUACGUUGCCGGAGGAGAAUGUGAAGGGAUCCAGAGAACUCUGCGGUCGGCUGAAGUUUAUGAUCCCAACAGAAACAGAUGGAGCUUUAUCUCUGAUAUGAGCACAGCUAUGGUGCCAUUUAUUGGGGUUGUAUAUGAUGGCAAGUGGUUCCUAAAGGGGCUUGGAACCCACAGGGAGGUCUUGAGUGAAGCCUAUACACCGGAAACCAAUACAUGGAGUCCAAUGAAUGACGGGAUGGUUGCUGGUUGGCGCAACCCAAGUAUCUCUAUGAAUGGCAAGCUUUAUGCUUUAGACUGUCGUGAUGGUUGUAAGCUAAGAGUAUAUGAUGAAGGCACAGAUUCUUGGAGCAGAUUCAUUGAUAGCAAGCUGCAUCUUGGCAAUUCUCGUGCUCUUGAGGCUGCUGCUCUUGUACCUCUUAAUGGGAAGCUUUGUAUAAUUCGUAACAAUAUGAGCAUCAGCAUGGUUGAUGUUUCGAAUCCUGAUAAACGAGUGGAGAGCAAUCCGCAAAUCUGGGAGAAUAUUGCCAGUAAAGGUCAUUUGAGGAAUCUAUUCACAAAUUUAUGGUCAAGUAUUGCUGGAAGAAGUGGAUUAAAGAGUCACAUCGUGCACUGUCAGGUGCUUCAAGCAUGAGAUGAAUUACCAAAUUGUUGUAUCAUCAGCCAUGCUCCACUUUUUCCCCUUUUUAGCACAGAUGUUGGUGCUGAUUUUCGCACUUUUGACUCAAGUAUUUGAAAGAAUUGACCAUGGAUAUGGCUGGUGAGUACAGGGAAUCUCCAAUGCGGUGGAAUCAAGAAACUAGUGAUUGUUUCACCCUUUGGUAUCCAAACAGAGAUGCUUAGGAAAUAGAACUUUGGGGUAAGACCAUAUUUUACAUUCAUGAAAGAGGGAGCAGAUAAUUUCUGAACUUGUGUAUAUCUUCAUUAUUUCUCUAGUAGGUGUCUGUUCCCUAUCUUAUGGGAUAUUAGUUGCUCAUGAUCUUGAAGAUCCAUUGUGAAUAUAAGUGAUCAAGUAACGUUAGACUACAUCUUUACCAUAGAUAGAAUGACUUGUUUCUUGCUUCACCUGCUAUGCACAGAUUUCCUAGAUCCUGAUAUUUGAUUCAAGCAGUCGACCAGGUUAAGAUUAAAUGCAGUUUUAUGGAAAUAUUGAAAGUGGCAUUGUCUUAAUUUAUCCAUGUAACAAAAUUUAUCAGGUCUCACAAAUCCUAGUAUUUUACUUUUGAGA